CACCAAAAAAAAAAUAGUCUUUGCUCCUUCGCUCAUCACAUCCUCCAAUUUCUUCAGUUAAUAGAUUCUGGGUGUGAACUCAAGAUGAUAGAUUCAACAGAGGAUUUAAGCAAAAAGCACAUGAACCGCAAGGUUGACGGUAAUGAGGAUAGUGAAAUUUCAAGGCUGGUUGUAACUGACGACGAAGUAAGAACAACCGAAGCUGAUAUUUUUCAAUCACCGGCAGAAACCAGAAAAAUAGACCUCGUAUGGCUAUUGAAGACUUUGAUGUGGUGUUCUACAUGUGUCAUCAUUAUUUUAAUCUUCGUAAAGUGGGGAGUUCCUUUCCUAUUCAAGAAGGUUCUUAUCCCAAUCUUACAAUGGGAAGCCACUGCAUUUGGUCGUCCAGUUCUUGCACUUGUGCUUGUGGCUUCUUUGGCACUGUUCCCAGUUUUUCUAAUUCCUUCUGGACCUUCCAUGUGGCUAGCUGGAAUGAUCUUUGGAUAUGGUAUUGGUUUUGUUAUCAUCAUGGUAGGAACAAGCAUUGGUAUGGUCCUUCCGUUCUUAGUUGCCUUGUUCUUCCGUGAUCGGAUCCAUAAAUGGUUAAAAAGAUGGCCCAAGCAAGCUGCUAUGGUUAGAUUGGCUGGCGAAGAAGCUGGUUCCAUCAGUUCCGAGUUGUUGCUCUGUUCCGGAUUUCACCUUUUCCGUAUACACUCUUCAAUUAUGCGGUAGUGGUUACAAACAUGAGAUUUUGGCCUUAUUUUUGUGGAUCGAUUGCUGGAAUGAUCCCUGAAUCUUUUGUCUACAUCUACAGUGGUCGGCUAAUAAGGACGUUUGCGGAUGUGAAAUAUGGGAACCAUCACCUGACUAAUGUGGAGAUACUCUACAAUGUCACUUCAUUUAUUAUCGCCAUUAUCAUCAUAGUCAUAUUCACUGCGUACGCCAAAAGAACAUUGAACAAUCUUCAACAGUCUGAGAGAAAUGGUGAUGGCCUCACUCCGGGCAAUGAUAAUAAACCUGAGACGGAACAACUCCCCAAUGGAAAACCCAUUCACUCAAGCCUUUCUGUUACCAUCCAGUAGUGGAUUUGGAUAAUGAGAGAGCUGAAUUGUUGAUGAGAUGCCGGCUGCUGGCCUAUCAGAUGUGGUGAUGCUUUCAAAUGGGAGUGUGGCCAAGU